AUGUCGCUUGCUGAGGAAUUUUCGAAUCCUAAGCAACGGAAAAAGAAGCCCUCAACCCAGAAAGCCCCAUUGUUUCAGUUACAAGGGAAUGAUGCCAAUGGGACUCCUCCACUUCCAUUGAAACCAGGGCAAAAGGUAUCCAAAAGAAAUUUUAAGAAUGAAGUUUCUCCAUCGUUUCAGCAGCCAGAGAGGUCAAACUCAGAUUCAUUGCCAGACUCUUCUACUUCUGGAAGCGGGUAUCGUGCACUAAGGCUCAAGUAUUUGCUGCUGGAGGAAGAGAGCUUUGCAUUGGGGAGAGAUCUAAGAGAGGUUGAAGAUGAGGUUAAGACGCUUGAGGAUGAGAAGCUUGCUCUCUUGGAUCAACUUGUGGUGCUAGAAGGCCUUGUUGAUCCCUCAGAGUUGCACCCCCAGGGAAUCAUAAACAUGGAUGCAGAUGCUCCAUCGAAUACAGAAAGAAAAAGAAACCGUAGGAAGCAAGACAUCAAGGCACAAAACAACACAAUUGUGCACGCAAACCUAUCGAGGUUCGGUGCUAUGCGUAGAAUUCAAACCACAACGCGGAGUGACGGGGUAAAUAAAAAAUAA